CUGUACUGGUGAGAAGACGCACGAGUCUCUUGGCCGUCCAUAAGCUCUGUAGCCCAAGCGCAACUCUAACUGUAACAACCGCUAGUGAUCAUCGUGCAAAAAAACACAUAACUGUUUUUUUUUUGUACACUUGUUGUUUAUCAUUGUUAUUACCAUUUUUCCUAUUUAACAUUUGCCAAGUUGAUUUUGGGUAAUCCCCGUCACAUCAAACAGCUAAAAAAAUCAUGGCCGCUCCUGGUUCGAAAGCCAACGCGAGAUCCAUGCUUGUGUUCUUCUUCUUCUGCUUGGUCAUUGCUGGUCACGCAUCGGCCAAUGAAUUCGCGGAACCAACCAACCAAGACGAUUCUUACGAUGCUUUGGUUAUCCAAGAUGAACAAGCGACCGAAGCCGGACGAGAAGAUGCUGUAACCGAAGACGAAUAUUUCGAUCAACCGACCAUGACCGUCAUCGACAACGACAAGUUUCUACGACGUUUGGUUCGAGUUCAGACAUUUACUCGACCAAUUCGAACCAAAACACGUCCCGUCUGGUACAACGGUCAAUCGCCAGUUUCAUUCAAAUCUUCUUCGACGACUACAUCGACAACGACCAAGCCUUCGACCAGCGUGGAACCCAUUUCUGAAACGAUCCCGACCACCGACAUUACCACCACUCCAUCGACAGCAGAAGACGUUAACAAGACCGCGACCAACACGACACCGAUCGACGACAACAACAGCACCACGAUCGAAUUGAGCCAAUCGCAAGAGGAGAGAUGGUUGAUUGAAACCUUGGAAGAAGUGGCACAAACUGUUCAAGGUUCUGAACCAUCUUCGGAUGACAGCCUCGAACAAACUGUUGCGACCGAAGCGCCAAAGGUCCAAGAAGAAAAGUUGAACGAACAGCAGAAUAGUUUGUCGUAUUCGGCCGCCAGUUCGCCGGAACUUAUCGUUCACGACAGCGUUACUAGCACCCCACUUCCAGCGACCAUUUCUUCAGCUCCUGUUUGGAUCUACCGGCCGACAUCGGCACCCAGCAAAGAACCGGCUAGUGUCCUCAGCCCAGCCAAACGCGGCGGAACUCAGCCUCCCGCAAACACAAACGGAUUGAGCCGAUGGGGCGUAACGGUGAAACCAGGUGUGGCCGGUUCGACGACGGUGCGCAGUUUGAAACAGCCCAACCCAGUCGGGUUAGUCACGGCCUCUAAACCUGUCGCAGACGUUGAACGACUGACGACCACUGCCCAUCACAAGACGCCCAGAUCGACGUUGGCCAGCCAAAUGUUGAGCAAAACGGCCAUCCCGUCUACGCAGCAAACAACAGAUUGGUGGGUGACCAAACCCAAUUUCCAAUACGAUAAUCUGAGCGUGGAAGACGCCGAUUACGCCCUAAGUGAAAGCAGCCAAACGACGGGCAUUUCAGCCGAUUUGGCCGAACAAAAUGCCGAACUUCCGCCUCCCAAAUCACCACCCCAUUUCAAUAUUUUUUACGCGGACGGGCAAGAAGCUCCGAAUAGCAUCAAAAAUAGGCCUGCCAGUUUUUACCAAUCGACGCCUCGUCUACCGCUGUCUGCCAAUCCUCUGGUUAUCAAAGCGCCUUUAGCCACUAGGACGUCAACGGUAAGGCCCAAAACGACAGGUAAACCAACCACAACGACGACAACUAAACGACCAUCGACGACUAAAAGGGCUGCACCCACAACGACGACAACAACGACGACUCCAAAGCCAAAAACGUCAAGACCAAGGACGCCAUCGACGACUACAAACAAACCGAAAUCAAAACCGACGACCAUUUCGACCCGAAAACCGCCCGCCACCAUCCCAAUCCGGCAGACGAGCAACAGGCCGGACAAUGUUCAAUUUGUUCGCGUGCCGUUGCCUAAUCUUCGACCCCCAUUCCCGGUCGAUUCGGGCGUAACGGACGAACCGGGCAAUUUCCAAGAAUUUGUUCGCACCACAACCGAAACGCCUGAAGAUCCAUUGGAAGUGACGGACGUGUUUGAAAUCGAUGUCGGUGGCACAGAAAUCCGUCCCGUAUUUCCGCCCGAAUUCGAAGCUGAAGAAGAAUUUGGAGCUACUGGUGAUCUCACUGAUAACACGGCCGAAACGAACACCAGUACGACUGACAGCGGCAGCACUACAUCCAGCGGAAGUGAAACAAACAAUAACGGUUUGAUUGACGAGCAGCAAAUUCCUAUUAAUUUCGUUGUGGUCAACAUUUGGAAUUACGUCGGAGGUCAAUUGACUUUGGUUGGCCAGCAAGUGGUUCCCGCUCAAGUCUUGGCCGGCAUCAACAUCACGAAUGGAGCUACCAUCCAAUCAUCCAGUUUACCUGAGACCAUCUUAAGUCAGCUGACUAACCUUUUGGGAUCUACCACUCCUUUAACGACAUCGACUACUACGACAACAACAACAACUCCGAAACCAACCCUACCUCCUCGUCCUUAUGGCGGUGUAGGUAAUCCUGCUUUAGUGGGAGUAGGUCCAUCUGUUGUGAAAGGACCAGAAUACGGGAAACCCAGUCAAACUUACGGCCCACCAAAAGCCCCAUCGACGUCUUACGGCCCUCCACCUAAAGCUCCGUCUACUUCUUAUGGGCCCCCUCCGCCAGCUGAAUCUUACGGGCCUCCUCCUCAAUCAUACGGACCUCCACCACCUUCGUCAUACGGACCUCCGCCAGCUUCAUCUUACGUUCCUCCGCCAGCUUCAUCCUACGGACCUCCACCAGCUCCAUCGUAUGGCCCUCCACCGCCAUCAUCAUACGGACCACCUCCAUCAUACGCGCCUCCGCCAUCCAUUGCGGCCCCUGCCCAAUAUUACGCACCGCCAACAACGACUGUAGCUCCUUCAUACGUACUCCCUGAACAAUCGUACCAACCACCAUCUCCUACCCCUUUAGAUUUGGAAGCCAUCCAGUAUCCGACAACGUCUUACGGCCCUCCGCCAACCACAAAAGCUCCGCCUACUUCUUAUGGUCCCCCUGUUAUAGCCGCUCCUACCAUAAACUACGGACCUCCACCUAAAGCUCCUUCCACAUCUUACGGACCCCCACCGAAAGCUCCUUCAACGUCUUACGGAGUGCCUUCCGUCCAGAUCGGCCAACCCAUUCAAACGUCGUACGGUCCACCACCUACACCGAAGCCAAUCGAUCUUGAAUCUUAUGCCGAGAAACAUCAUCACCACCAUCACGAUUAUCAUCAUCAUCAAGCUUCCAACAUGGAUUAUCAUCCCGAUCAUCGUACAACAACAACCACAACAACUACAACAGCUUCUCCAGUGACAAUCUCCGCUUAUCACGCGCCGCAUCAAUUUUCAUCGGCUUCAUUUUCUCAAUUGCAAGUGAAGCCUCCGCUGAAUGCACCAAACCCACCCGAGAUCAAUAAUCAUUUGAUCGUCAAAGGAAUCGCUAACGCCAAUCAAAUCAGCAACAACAACAACAACAAGAAUACAGCCAAAGGUAAUCGUAGGCCGUCCAAUAAGAAGAAGCAGGGAGUUAAAGCUGUUAGCACGACCUUACGUACUCCGCAAGGCAAUUUGAAUUUCGUCGACAUUAACAACGGAGCUAGUCCAGGUCCGUUCGUUAAAGGAGGCAAUCCAUUAGGUGCACUUUUACCUGAUUUCAUUCUUGAGAGUCUUGGCCAUCCGAUGUCGUUCUUGCCGCACGAAUUUUCACACAGAUCCGGACAUUUCGCCCCCCGUUUCGAGGACUCCCCCCCCGCAAGCCGUUCAUAACUUGCAUCAGUCCAAUUCCCGCUCUGACGUUGUGACAUCAAGCCGAACUGGCAAUGACGGAGGGUCGAUUACUGGCCGCAAUAGACCUCAACCGUCCAUUCAAGGUACCAAAAGUAAUAACAAGGCAAAGAGUCCCGUUA